AUGAACAAGAUCCUGCUCAAGAAUGGAGUGCUUCUCGUCCACGGAGAUGACGGAAAAGUGACCCCUACACGGUCGGACUUGAUGAUCGAAGGAGACCAGAUCACUCAGAUCGACAACAAUAUCGAGGCCGACACCAAUGAGGUCAAAGUUUUUGAUUGCGAAGAGGAAAUCGUGUCGCCUGGUUUCAUCAGCACACGCCACCACGUCUGGCAGACCGCCCUCAAGGGUCGUCACGUUAACCACACCCUGCUGGAAGAGCUAGGUGGUGCACUUGAAUCAAUUGACGGUGGUAUCACCACAGUCGUUGAUCACUCCACACCGACAAUGCUAGAGGCUUUUACUACUUCUGGGAUUCGAGCCGUAGUUAUCUCCAGCUGGAGUCCGCUUACAGCGCACGAUGACUACGCUUCCUCGAGCGGCCAUGAAUCCUGGAAGUCCCUUGCCGCAAAGGACCCAUACGGAGAUGGGAGGAUUCAACUUGGCUUUGUCGUGGACAAUGUUUAUCAGUCGGCCGACGAGAUGAAGAAGCUGUACUCGGAGCUGCGGGCUGCGAAGGCCAAGGUCAUUACUUCUCACUCUGAAACAGGCCUGCCUUUCGGUGAUGGGCCGUCUGUGGUACAACUUCUCAACAGCCACGGCCUUCUCGGCUCCGACAUCUUAAUUUCGCACGCGAACUUUCCCAAAGAUGAUAACGCGGAGCUGAUCGCUGAGCAUGAUGUCUACAUCUCCUCAACUCCCAUCACCGAGCCCCAGUUGGGUUGGCCCCCGGUUGGCCUUCUUCCAGAGUUUGAGGCGCAUUCCAAUCUGGGCGUGGACUGCCACUCUUUUGGCAGCAGCUUCAUGCCGAGCCAGAUACGCCUCGGCCUACAAUACGUCCGCACCGAACGCCAGGAGACCCUCCGCAGAUAG